CUUCUCUGUCGCACUGCAGAUACUUCCUCAGAGCUUAUCAUGGCCACCUACGUGACGCAGGGAUUCUACGGGUCCACCAUUGAAGGUGUGAUUCCCCAAGGCUGGAUCGACGCAAGCACCCUCCGCGAAGUCCCCGACCACCAAGAAAUCUACCUCUCCCCGAAAACCCUCACCUCGCAGAUCAUCGAAAUCAACCAGCGCGUCGACACCGCCGACGCCCUCGCCUUCCACACCCCCUCCUCCUCCUCUACCACCCCCACCGCCGACGACAUCGACCGCUCUGCCGUCCUCUACCACCUGCACGACCUAUGCGACGACACCGACACCCUCAACGUCACGAACCCCCCGCAGCCCGUGACGCUGCCGAACCUCCCCCAGGCCCGUGCAUACCGCGGCGUCGUGGCGCUGACGUCGCCGAGGAAGCAGCGUCGUGGGGAUGUGGGCCAGAGCGUGGGUGGUGCGGUGGCGGGGUCGAGUGCGGAGGGGUCGUUGACGAGCACCACGAGCUGUUAUUAUUUGUUGGUGAGGCUGGAGGAGCAGGAGACGGAUGUGCUUGUGUUUGUGAAUGUGCCGAGGGAGGAGUUUGAGAAUGUCGGUGAUGCGAGGGGACUGGCGGAGGAGGAGAAGUUGGCGGAGGGGUUGGUGAGUGGGUUGGUGGAGAAGUUGAGGAUUGUGGAUUGGGGGUUGUUUGCUUGAUUGGG